CAAUGAAAGAAGCUCUGCAUAGAUGUCAAAUCUUUUCGCAUCGCGUUUUCCAUUUUGAGCAUCAUCAGUGCUUCGGCAGAGGAGAAAAUCAGUAUUUAUGUUAGCGAUUGUAGUGUUUUGGCUGUAAAUACACAACACGCUGCAAGAUGCCACCGGAGACAUCCACGCAAGGAAUCGAGCUGACCGAUCAUACCUGCAGGUUGUGCCUUGCAAAUGAUCAGGAAAUCAGCCCGAUGAUGGACGCACUAAGCCAGGAGGAGCUGAAGAAUGUUAUCGAGGGCUUUCUGAAGAUUGAACUUACUAAUUGUGGACCGUUCCAAAACGCCUGCUCGAAUUGCGUUGUAAAAGUUAGAUUGAUCGAGAAUAUCCGCAGCGAGUUCGAUAGCAGCAACAAAAUAUUUGAUGUUAUGUGGACGCAGUACAAGCGAAUACAUUUCCCGGAACCAGUUGCACCUGCAAAAAAAGGACGUCCAAAAAUCGAGAAAAGCAGUCCGCAGAAAAUAACGGCAGCCUAUAUCAUUGAUGGUAUGGUUAUCGAGAAUACGGAAAUUGAAUACGUACAGGAUGAGGGUACCGAAUUCUUUAUUAAAAGUGAAGCUCAAGAUCGCGAUAUAAAACAGGAGGCAAAUGUGGAAUCUGACAGUGAGGACGCUCCCGUGGAUGAUGAUAAUCAUACUAUGGAUGAGACGGUGGAGGAGGAAUAUGUUUACGAAGAAGUUCCGAUUAUGGAAGAGAAUCGAAUGCACGAGGAGUACUUGGCGGAAGAGCCGAAAGAAUGUGAAGCCAAGAAAGACGAUUCAGAGAAAAAGGACGAAACUCUUAAAGAUGUUGUUAUAGAAGAAGAUACCGGAUAUUACGACAAAACCAUUCCUUGUUGCUACAUAUGUCUCGAUCGUUUUGAAUCGUCUGCUGACGUAUCGAUUCAUCUGGCCGAAAUACAUGCUGAUAUGCUUCCCUUUCACUGUGAUAAAUGUUUGGCAUAUUUUGAUACAUUGGAAGAGGUCAAUAAGCAUUACAUUUCCCAUGUUUACGAGUUCGUUUGCCUCUAUUGUCCACGUCGGUACUGUUCGGAACAGUAUCUAGCGAAUCAUAACUUGGUAUGCAAGGCCUUCAAGUGCACAGUGUGUGAUGAGACGUUCGAGUUGCAAAGUCAUCUGAGAGUUCACCAGCGUCAGUCCCAUCCGGCCGAGUCCAGACAUACUGGUCGGAAGAAAAACGUCUGUGGCACGUGUGGCAAGGCAUUCACGCAUGCUUGUAACCUCUCUCGUCAUCUGAAAAAUAAACGAUGUGGACGGAACAGCAAUCAAGAAGUGUACGUUAAAAGGAAGAAGAUCAAAGCUGAUCCGGAUGCAGUUUAUGACGAUGACAUAGAUGACGACAGGGAGUUGAAAAUAAGACCACCUUUAACUUGUCAGGUUUGCAGUAAGAAACUUGACAGCAACAGCAGCUUAGCUCGACAUAUUGAGAAGGAGCACGAGGAUUUCAACAUACCGUUAUUUUCCUGCAACAUUUGUCCGAAAAAGUUUACCACUUUCGAAAAGUGCAUUCGCCAUCGAGCUUUCCAUAAGAAAUCCAAAAAACCGAUUAUGCCGAUUUCGAAAAAGGAUCCGUCGGAUAAUACAUGCAAAAUAUGUAAUAAGAAAUUCCGACUCGAUCAUAUGCUACUCAAACAUCUUUCCGAAAUUCACCAGUUGACAUUGGAACUGUUCCACUGCGAUCAAUGUGGCAAAAAGUUUUCCACGGAACCAAAACUUCGCAAGCACCAGUACAACACCCAUCGCGAGAACAAAAAUUUGUACGUUUGCUCCCAUUGUGGACAGAAGUUCGAGAAAAAACUCACAUUGAAGGAUCACGAAACGAAACACUUGAAUGCUCCGGCCUAUCAGUGCGAUAUCUGUCUCAAAACAUUCAUCCACAAACACAGCCUCGAUCGUCAUGCGCUUGUGCACUCCGACGAGAAGAACUUCGAGUGCGAAUUUUGCCACAAAACGUUCAAGCGGAAUACGACGCUUGUCAUUCACAGACGUAUCCACACUGGCGAGAAACCGUACGAAUGCGUUCCCUGCGGCCAAAGGUUCAUCGAUUCCAGCACACUUAUCAAGCAUAGGCAGAGAAUGCACCCGAAGGCUGACUAAAUCGUAGACUUAAGAAUCAUUAAUACUUGAUAUAUUCGGUAUCCACUUUUAAGCUUACAAAGUUACGGAAAUAAAGCUGAUUUAUUUUCAUUGUUGGCGUUUUUUGUAGAGAAAGGAUCUGGUUAAGCACUCUCCACUUAGUCCAUUUUGUGCCAAGCAUUCGAAAAAUCGAAUAGUAACCUUGAUACUUUUUCUUGUAUUUGGAAAGCAC